CUGUGGGUGAAUCACAGCUUAGCUGCCUAGAUCACUGAACGAACGAGAGACGUGCACGGUUAGUCACGACCCUCCUAAUCUUCCGACGUAUUAUUAGUCAUCUCGAAGUCUGUUCCACGGCUUGCCUCGAACCGUCCCAUCCAUCGAUCUAUCCGAUCAUCCGACUUUGGAGGAUAGGAUCCUCUACCCUCGACCUUGUGUUGGUGUGUCUUGAAUCAGUCCCAUAGUCAUGUCGUUCUUGAAGCUCUUCUCCGGGAAGAAGGGUGAGAAGCCGCCCACCACCGGGGAAGCCAUCCAAAGUCUGCGUGAGACCGAGGAGAUGCUCGAGAAGAAGCAGAAGUACCUGGAGUCCAAGGUCGAGGCCGAGCAGGCCAUGGCCCGCAAACACGCCAAGACCAACAAGCGGCUGGCCUUGCAGGCCCUCAAGAAGAAGAAGCGCUACGAGCGUCAGCUCCAACAAAUCGACGGCACCCUCACCACCAUCGAAUCCCAGCGAGAGGCUCUGGAAGGGGCCAACACCAACACAGCCGUCCUCACCACGAUGGGCUCGGCCGCCAAGGCCUUAAAGAAAGCCCACGCCGAUAUGGAUGUGGACCAGGUCCAUGACAUGAUGGAUGAUAUCGCCGAGCAGCAAGAUGUGGCGCGCGAGAUCUCGGAUGCCAUCUCCAAUCCCGUGGCUUUCGGGCACGACUUCGACGAGGACGAGCUCGAGGCUGAGCUCAACGAACUGGAAAGCGAACUGGAAGAACAAGAACAGGAAGACCUCGACCGAGAGCUCCUCAAGGUAUCCGGACCCAACACGGAGAAAUUGCCCGAAGUGCCGGCGGCUGAGCCCGCCGUCCUCGCCAAGCCUAAGGUCAAGUCCAAGGAGGACGACGAGUUGGCCGAACUGGCGGCUUGGGCCUCCUAAAGCGCUGUUCGUGGACACUGCCCUUGUCACGUGUGUGAACACUAUUGCAAAUCGCCCUAAUACAUUCUCUACGCCAUGAUAUGAUAAUAAUGACAUCAUUUGAUAUGCUUUAGUUGUCUUCAUCGGACCCAUUUUCUAAACCUGUGCACCCCUUUGAAACCCCAGAAAUGAGCACCCACCCAAGUCAACACCGUCGGUCGAACCAAAACAAAAAAAUGGUUAUUUUUCAUGCUCCGGGCUCGCGACAUGCCCUUUCUUAAUAUGAUAUCGAUAAGUUACGCAAGCUUACGAAAUAUUCUAUGAAAAUACAACAAAAUCUGUGAAACGACA